AUGGCGGCGCCCGCGCUGAGGAGCUUCGCUGAGGUACUUUGUGAUCAUCAGAGAGUUCAUACGGGAGAAAAGCCUUAUAAAUGCUGUGACUGUGGAAAGUCUUUUACCUGGAGCAGUGAUUUUCGUCGUCAUCAGAGAAUUCAUACAGGGGAAAAUCCUUAUAAAUGCAGUGAAUGUGGGAAAUCUUUUAUCACUACCACUAAACUUCGUGAUCAUCAGAGAGUUCAUACAGGAGAAAAGCCUUAUAAAUGCUGUGACUGUGGAAAGUCUUUUACCUGGAGCAGUGAUCUUCGUCGUCAUCAGAGAGUUCAUACAGGGGAAAAUCCUUAUAAAUGCAGUGACUGUGGAAAGUCUUUUUCAAGAAGCACUCGUCUCAAAUAUCAUCAGAGAGUUCACACAGGAGAAAAGCCUUAUCAAUGCAGUGAAUGUGGGAAAUGUUUUACCUGUAGUGCUAACCUUCAUAGUCAUCAGCGAGUUCACACUACAGAGAAGCCUUAUAAAUGCAGUGAAUGUGGGAAAUCUUUUACCUGGAUGGCUAGCCUUCGUAGUCAUCAGAGAGUUCACAUUGGAGAACAGCCUUAUAAAUGCAGUGAAUGUGGGAAAUCUUUUAUCACUACCACUAAACUUCGUUAUCAUCAGAGAGUUCAUACGGGAGAAAAGCCUUAUAAAUGCAGUGAAUGUGGGAAAUCUUUUACCACUAACACCAAUCUUCGUAAGCAUCAGAGAUUUCAUACAGGAGAAAAGCCUUAUAAAUGCAGUGACUGUGGAAUGUCUUUUACCUGGAGCAGUGAUCUUUGUCGUCAUCAGAAAGUUCAUACAGGAGAAAAGCUUUAUCAAUGCAGUGAAUGUGGGAAAUGUUUUACCUGUAGUACUAGCCUUCAUACUCAUCAGAGAGUUCACACUGGAGAAAAGCCUUAUAAAUGCAGUGUAUGUGGGAAAUCUUUUACCUGGAGCUCUACCCUUCGUACUCAUCAGAGAGUUCACAUUGGAGAACAGCCUUAUAAAUGCAGUGAAUGUGGGAAAUCUUUUAUCACUACCACUCAACUUCAUGAUCAUGAGAGAGUUCAUACGGGAGAAAAGCCUUAUAAAUGCAGUGAAUGUGGGAAAUCUUUUACCACUAACACCAAUCUUCGUAAGCAUCAGAGAUUUCACACAGGAGAAAAGCCUUAUACAUGCAGUGAUUGUGGAAUGUCUUUUACCUGGAGCACUGGUCUUCGUCGUCAUCAGAAAGUUCACACAGGAGAAAAGCCUUAUCAAUGCAGUGAAUGUGGGAAAUGUUUUACCUGUAGUACUAGCCUUCAUACUCAUCAGAGAGUUCACACUGGAGAACAGCCUGUUAAAUGCAGUGAAUGUGGGAAAUCUUUUCCAAGUAGCAACAGUCUUCAGUAUCAUCAGAGAGCUCACAAUGGAGAAAGCCGUUACAAGUGCAAUUAAUGUGCGAUAUCUCUCAGUCUAAUUUGUAAAUUACCUCUGCACAAGAGUCCGGAUGUGAAAAGGUUCUUAGACGUGUAGGAAAUGUAUUUUGUUAGUUAGGAUUUAACAGUUGUAUAAGA